CAGGCUGUCAGUUUCUGUCUCACAGGGACAGAGAGACGUCACACUGUCCCAAACUCUCGUGGACACAUCAAAAAUGGAAAGAAAGAAGAAGUAGAAGAACACAGAGACCAGACCGGGUGUUGUACGGAUAGCAUGGAGUUAGAUUUAAGAGGAUUUGUAUUUUUCUUGGACACAAGCAAGUUUCUGCAAAGAAAUUUUAAAAGAAACUGUCAGAAUCAAAUCUCAGCGACGUCUUCCUCUCGUGGAUUCUGUAUUUAGUCGACACACUUUCUAACUGAGCAAAUUUUAUGGAUUAUAACCAAACUCUUUGGAUAUUUUCAAUUCAACUCCAGCUCCAGGCCUACUGAAAGUGCCACCAGCUGAUUUUUAGUUCCAGAUUUUGUAUCUGUGUUUGUUUUUUAAUUGUCAUCUUAGAAAAGUUAAAUCUGGGUCUUUGGAGUCAAAGGAUUACAGUUCAACUUUCUGACUUUUUAUUCACUUUUUUCAUACUCUCUCUUUUAUCCAUUUGUUGCAUUAUACAGAACAUGUCCAACAUGUUCUCUGAAGAGACUCAGAGGGGUCUUCAGUGAUGAGCGGCUGUUUUAAUGUUGAGUUUCAGUGACUGGUCUCUACGUGAAUGGACUACACACGCCGCCCGGAGCUGAACACGCCGUCUCACCGCUUCGCAUAGCAGUGGAUCACAAAGUCGAUACUUGGCCAAAGUAACCAUGGCGUCCCGAGGGAAGGGGCGGGGCCUGUCCUAUCUGUUUCCCUGCUGCUACAAAGACAGCGACCAACCAGAGAUCACUGUGUGUGAUGACAUGAACACUAUGGGGGUACUGGGACCUGGUCUGCCCAUGCCCCCCCCUCCAGAGCUGGACUCCAUGUUCACUGAGCUGGUGGAUGAACUGGACCUUACAGAUGAACACAGAGCCACCAUGUUUUCUUUGCCAGCAGAGAAGAAGUGGCAGCUCUACUGCAGUAAGAAAAUGGUGAGAAACUACAACUACUGCAUUAUAUAA